AUGACCCUGGGCAGCUGCUGCUGCGAGAUCAUGUCCUCCGAGAGCUCCCCGGCCGCGCUGUCCGAGGCGGACGCAGACAUAGACGUGGUGGGCGGCGGCGGCAGCGGUGGGGGGGAGCUCCUAGCCCGCUCCGGGCCCCGCGCCCCCCGGGACGUGCUCCCCCACGGCCCCGAGCUUCCCCCGGAGGAAGCAGAGGCAGACGCAGCUGAGGACGAGGAGGAAUCGGGCGGCUGCUCCGACGGCGAGCCCCGCGCUCUAGCGCCCCGGGGGACGGCGGCCGCAGCGGGAAGCCCAGGGCCGGGCGUGGCGGCAGCCCGGGGUGCGGCGGGGCCCGGACCCGGACCGCCGUCGGGGGGCGCGGCGACGCGAAGCCCUCUGGUGAAGCCGCCCUACUCGUAUAUCGCGCUCAUCACCAUGGCCAUCCUGCAGAUCCCCAAGAAGCGCCUGACGCUGAGCGAGAUCUGCGAGUUCAUCAGCGGCCGCUUCCCCUACUACCGGGAGAAGUUCCCCGCCUGGCAGAACAGCAUCCGCCACAACCUCUCGCUCAACGACUGCUUCGUCAAGAUUCCCCGAGAGCCGGGCAACCCUGGCAAGGGCAACUACUGGACGCUGGACCCAGAGUCGGCCGACAUGUUCGACAACGGCAGCUUCCUGCGGCGCCGCAAGCGCUUCAAGCGGCAGCAGUUGCCGCCGCCGCAUCCACACCCGCACCCGCAUCCGGAGCUGCUGCUGCGUGGCGGGGCCGCCGCGGCUGGGGACCCCGGCGCCUUCCUGCCCGGCUUUGCCGCUUACGGCGCCUACGGCUACGGCUAUGGGCUGGCGCUCCCGGCCUACAGUGCACCCCCUCCGGGCCCAGCCCCGCAUCCGCAUCCACAUCCGCACGCCUUCGCUUUCGCCGCCGCAGCCACCGCCGCGCCUUGCCAGCUGUCGGUGCCCCCUGGCCGCACUGCUGCGCCUCCACCUGGACCCCCGACGGCCUCAGUGUUCGCCGGCGCAGCCUCGGCUCCGGCCCCUGCGCCAGCUCCAGGCACCGGGUCGGGCCCAGGCCCCGCAGGCCUUCCUGCCUUCCUGGGCGCGGAGCUAGGCUGCGCCAAAGCCUUCUAUCCCGCGUCACUGAGCCCUCCCGCAGCCGGUACCGCGGCCGGUCUGUCCACCGCACUCCUGCGCCAGGGCCUCAAGACGGACGUGGGCAGUGGUGCGGGCGGCGGGGGCUCUGGGGCAGGGCAGAGGCCUUCCUUCUCUAUAGACCAUAUUAUGGGCCACGGUGGCGGCGGGGCAGCACCCCCGGGAGGCAGCGAGGGUUCCCCGGGAUCGCCGUUCGCUGCGGCCGCGGGUCCUGGGGGUCAAGCCCAGGUUUUGGCCAUGCUGACUGCCCCGGCCCUGGCUCCAGUGGCCGGCCACAUUCGCCUCUCGCACCCUGGGGACGCGCUCCUGUCCUCAGGGCCCCCGUUUGCCGGCAAAGUCGCCGGCCUCAGUGGCUGCCACUUCUGA